GAAGAAGGUUUGUAUUAGGAAGAGUUAAAGUGCUGAAGGUAAUAAAUUUAGAAAUAGCGGGGUGAAUAAAAUUUAACAAAUUGCCUCCUGUUUCAUCGAUAUCAUCGUGUUUUUGGCGCGUGGCGAAUUGCGUAAAAAAGUGACACAGACGGCUUUUGAAAAUUUUGAGGUUGUUAGUUUUGUUUUGAGAUCGUGCUUUCCGGCAAAAUAUUCAUAAAGUCUUCUUUGAAUCAUUCCAAAAUCUUUGAGAGAAUUAAUGACGAGUGCUAAAAGACGCAAAAUUGAGGAAAACCUCGAAAAUGAGGAAGAUACGAGUGAUUCUUGGUCAGAUGAGCGAUUCAUUGAGACAAUUCAAACAGUCUUGGGGCGCUUCUACUAUCGCUCACCUGAACGUCUGCAGAUCAAAUACAAGCCCCCAUGUUACAGUGAUUUGGAGAGAUGCUCCAGAAUUCACUGGAAGAACCAGGACAUUCCUGUUGCGACCUAUUCAGCUGAGUCUGAUUGUCGGAUGCAGAAACGUGAUAGGAAAUUCUCAGCAUUCUACCAGAAUAUCAAUAAUAUCUGUCUUCUGGGCACUUUUCCGGGUCCGGAAAUCCUUCAGUUAAUACUGCAGAUGAUUCUCGAUGUUGGGGAGCAGAAGAGAAACUCAGAUGAAGAACCUCCAGGAUACUCAAUUCACAUGGGAAUACAGCAAUUUGAAAUGAUACUCAUCAACUUCCCGCCUUGUAUUCUGCAGCUGGAACCCUCGUACUCUGGCCUCCUGAUCAGAAAUUGCAAUCUGGAGGACAUAGAUGGGUUCACUGAUGGGGAGAAUGGGAUUAUUUACUGUAUGGUGAGUACCCUGGAGGAUGUUCUGAGGGGAGCAGAUGAAGAUCCAAAGAUUGAUGAUGUUAAGCCCAUUAAAAUGACGGAUACUGAAGAUGAGUUGAGACUUCUGAAUGAAACUGGGGGAAAGGGCUUUGGAACACUGAGAAAAUCUGCCAAAAUCGAGAGAAUUUUUGUAGUUCUGCAUCUGCUCAUAAAACUAAUGGAAUUUGAUUUGGCCAUGUGGAUGCUUAGGCAUCCUAAGAAAGCCUCAGAAUCCAUGCUGAAGCCCACAAAACAGCCCAUAAUUGGUAAAGUUCUCUGGCCAGGAGGGGAUUUUGCCAUAACUCUGUUCAUAAAGAAAUGCUUCAGUGUCUUUGUUGAGUGCAUCAUUCAGGAUCUUCCGGAAGAUCAAUUGUUCAUCUUCCAGAGACUAAUUGGCCUAAUUUCAAAUGCCGUUAAUCUCUGUGAGAUGCAAACCACAUCUGAAGUACAGUAUCCAUGCAUUAGGCAGAAAUCUACGAAUUUUGCGGAAACAUUCAUGCAAAUAAUCACAGAGUACAAGGAUUCAAGUCCUGGCUUAACAGUAAAAGUCAUCCAACAUGUCUCGAGUUCUAUCACAAAAAUGCUGAUGAUUGACAAUUUCUUCAGCACAAUUAAUCCACCUCAGAGUGGCAGUGUAUCCAUCACGAAAAUUCUCAAGAUAUUCAAGGGGAAGGAGUGGAUUGUUCAGAGUAAAAUAUCACAAAUGGAACAUGUGAAUCUCUUUGUGGACAUUAUGAAGUGCUGGCUGGAUGUCUAUCGUCUUCAUGAUGUUUUUGAAGCUUUUUCGCGGGGGGAGGUGGAAAAGGCUUCAGGUGAUAGCAGGGGGAGGGAGAGAGUGUCAAUUGAUGAGAGAGUGGCGGAAAUUGAGAAGAAAGAUGGAAGAAAACUUCGAGUUGAUUAUCAAGCUAUUAAUCGCAAUUUAAGCAAAAUUGUGAAGAAAUUCAAAGCUGACAUCCCGAUAAAGUACAGCGAAUUGAAUUUGGACUACAAUGUGAUUGGGAUUGCCAAUAUCUAUCAGCUCUAUUUGGAUGAGAUGAAGAGUGUCCUGAAGCUGCAUCAGUUGUUGGUGAACAGGCACAAGAAAUACCCAUCACUUUUUUCUGCUUGGAUUGCGUUAAUUGAAAAGCACUUUGGCUUUGCACUUGCCAAAUAGGGAGACCUCAAGCUGUCUUCUGUCUUUUCGUUUUGUACUUUUUUUUAAUAAAAGAUUCUUGAGAAGGUCA